CGCAUGUUUCUUACAAAUUUCGGUUCCAAUUCAGGAUACCCUGACUUUUUUUCACCCUCACAUGCUACCAGUAUUAUGGUAGGACAUACCAUGCCCUAUAACACGACCCUUGAUUCAUAUUUGUAUUCGUGUCGUGUCGUGUCAUGUUGGGCCUGAAGGGGCUCAUGCAGUCGCUCAUUACGCGCGGUUGACAAACAAAAAGAAAUCCAUAGCAUUGCGUCUUUCGACUCUUUCCACAUAGUCACAUCCUUUCUGUACGUCCCCAUUCAUGCCAUUCUGCGCGCAAUUCUGCAAAUGCUCACAAAUAUUAUGAACGUAUAAGAAUAAAUUCAUGCAACAAAUCAAAAAUUCAUUCCAUUCUAAAAACCAUGAAAAUAACAACAACCAUCCCUCAACUACCUCUCAUCAUCGUCUUCCUUCUUCUCCUCGUCCCCCUUAUAACCUUAUUUUCUCUCUCCUACCAAGCUGCUGAAUCCUCUGUCUCCAAAACGCGACCCGACAACGACCUCAUUAUCCGACCCGGUUACGCCACCUACGAAUCUUACCUCACCCGCCAACUCCAAAAAACCUUAAACCCGAAACUCCGUCAAAUAUGGGCUACCCGAGACUGGGACCGUAAAGUCGAGGUUUUCUCCCUCUUCUUUCUCUCUCUUCAGAAGGCUCACCUCCUCUUCAACCAUUCCAAGGCUCUCUGCGUUGGAGCCCGAGUCGGGCAGGAAGUUGCCGCGUUGAAGCGAGUCGGAGUGAGUGACUCAGUUGGAAUCGACUUAGUGCCGUAUCCGCCGUUGGUUGUUCAUGGGGACUUUCAUUCUCAGCCGUUCGAUGAUGGGAGGUUUGACUUUGAGUUUUCUAAUGUCUUUGAUCAUGCGCUUUUCCCGGAGAAGUUCGUUGGGGAGAUCGAACGGACGUUGAAGCCUGGUGGGGUCUGUGUAUUACACGUGUUGAUAUCUAAGCGGGCAGAUAAGUAUUCUGCUAAUGAUUUGUUUAGUGUUAAGCCGUUAAUUAAGUUGUUUAAACAAUCUGAGGUGGUUCAUGUUAAGAAUAUCGAUGGGUUUGGGCUUGAUACUGAGGUUGUUUUUAGAAAAAAGUUAAAAUUGUGAUUGAAUAUAUUUUUUUUUAAGUUCUUAUUCUAACUCUAAGAUAGAAAUUCUGGAGGAAUGAUUUUUUAUUUUUUGUUAUUGGUAUGAUUUUUGAGAAAGUUUUUUAUGUACUGUGUUUGUCUCGUGUCUUAUACUCCUUCCGUAUUUAAUUAUUAAAGAUACCGUUUGACCGAUAUGUAGUAGUAGGGACAUUUUUAAGCUAGUUAGAGGGGGGAGAAGGGGAAUAUAAUUUUAGUACCUCGUAUGUGAGCAGCUCUUAAAUAGUUGUGUCAAAAUCACUUUCCGAAAAAUUUUAUUGUAAAGAAUGUAAGAUGAAGGUACAAGUUGAUUCUCAGUUUCUCACAAAUUAGACAAAUGCAAAAGGGCAACAAUUGUCAAUUGUCUUCUUUUCUUAUUCUGGGUCUUAUGGCCUGAUUUCCUGGAUGUAAGAAGCUAUUGUAUGAAGAGGAGGAUUAGUUGGUCCUACAGAAUUACAGGUCAAAAGGGAAACAAACAAAAAAGUGAUGAAUUUAGGAAAGUUUGAUGAUUCGGAAUGAUUUGAAAUUUGAACUUUUAGAACUUGUUACAUUAAACAAUGGAGUGCGAGAUUUUCAUUCACAGCAUGUUUACAUAAGAGAUGAAAUGAGCUAAGUCUUUACAAAGAAUCGGCGAUUUCUUUACUGCUAUACAAUACGGAGUAAAGUUUAUUGAGGAUUGAUCCAAGCUCUCAAGUCUCAAAGUUUGUACAUUCACUAAAACCCUUGAAAAAAAUGAUGAACUCUCAUUCCCAAUU